CGCCUUGUCCGGCCAGUUGGCGAUCCCCAGACUGUAGCCACGCCUUCCCCAGCACUCCGCUCUUCCGCGUAAGCAGCGCCCACGUGUUGAGCUGGUCGGAACGGCGCCGAGCCGGAGCGGGGGAAGGACCACCGGAAUGGCCCUCAACGAGCUUGCGUUGCUGAGCGUCUCUGAUAAGACGGGUCUGGUGGACUUCGCCAGGAGCCUGGUUUCGGUUGGCCUCUCCCUCGUGGCUUCUGGUGGCACAGCUAAGGCUCUGCGAGAUGCUGGACUUGCUGUCAGGGAUGUGUCGGAGAUUACUGGGUUUCCAGAAAUGUUGGGCGGACGAGUGAAGACUCUGCAUCCAGUGGUGCAUGGAGGUAUCUUGGCUCGGAACAUUCCAGAAGACGAGUCUGACGUUGCGAAACAUGGUUUCAGCUUGAUAAGGGUUGUCGUCUGCAACCUGUACCCAUUUGUGAAAACGGUCUCCGCUCCAGAUGUGACCCUGGCUGAGGCUGUGGAGCAGAUCGACAUCGGUGGGGUGACCCUGUUGCGGGCAGCUGCCAAGAACCAGAGCCGAGUGACAGUGGUGUGCGAUCCCAGUGACUACAAGACUGUUGCCAUGGAAAUGGAGGCCUCUAAGCAGAAGGACACUUGUGCAGAGACCAGGAGAGCCUUGGCGUUGAAGGCCUUCACUCACACAGCCCAGUAUGAUGCAGCGAUUUCCGAUUACCUCCGGAAGGAGUGCGGCCAGGGAGAAUCCCAGCUCCAGCUGAGGUACGGGAUGAAUCCCCACCAGACUCCGGCGCAGAUCUACACGCUGGGGCCCAAGCUCCCCUUCAAAGUUCUGAAUGGAUCACCUGGUUUCAUCAAUCUGUGUGAUGCUCUCAAUGCCUGGCAGCUGGUGAGGGAGCUGAAACAGGCCCUGGGUCUGCCUGCUGCCGCUUCCUUCAAACAUGUCAGCCCUGCAGGUGCAGCUGUUGGGGUGCCGUUGACAGAGGAGGAAGCCAAGGUCUGUAUGGUGUACGACAAGUUCAGUGAUCUCACUCCUCUGGCCACAGCCUACGCCAGAGCCAGAGGUGCUGACAGGAUGUCCUCCUUCGGUGACUUUGUGGCUUUGUCAGAUGCCUGUGAUGUCCAGACUGCCCGGAUAAUCUCCAGAGAGGUGUCAGAUGGAAUCAUUGCUCCAGAUUACAAGCCGGAGGCCUUGGAAAUCCUGUCCAAGAAGAAAAACGGGAACUAUUGUGUCAUUCGGAUGGACCCAGAGUAUGAACCAGAUGAGCUUGAAACCCGGACUAUCUUUGGACUGCACCUGGCCCAGAAGAGGAACAAUGCACCCAUCGAUCGCCUGCUGUUCAAAAACCAGGUCACCUCGUCUGCAGAUCUGCCAGAGUCUGCCAUGCGCGACCUGAUAGUAGCCAGCAUCGCCGUGAAGUACACGCAGUCCAACUCAGUGUGUUACGCCAAGGACGGUCAGGUUCUGGGCAUCGGUGCAGGUCAACAGUCUCGCAUUCACUGCACCAGGCUGGCAGGGGACAAGACCGACCUCUGGUGGCUGCGUCACCACCCAAGGGUGCUGGCCAUGAAGUUCAAAGCGGGCACCAAGCGGGCUGAGAUUGCCAAUGCCAUCGAUCAGUACGUGAGCGGGCUAAUAGAGGCCGCCGAGCUGCCCAAGUGGCAGGAGAUGUUCGAGGAGGCUCCUGAGCCGCUGUCGGAGAUGGAGCGCAGGAACUGGAUCUCCAAGCUGAGAGGUGUUGCUCUGAGCUCUGAUGCGUUCUUUCCAUUCCGGGACAAUGUUGAACGGGCCAAGAAGAGUGGCGUGGAUUUUAUCGCUGCCCCGUCAGGGUCAGCGGCUGACAAGUUGGUGAUAGAAGCGUGUGAGCAGCUGGGUAUAACUCUGUUCCACACUAACCUUCGACUCUUCCACCAUUAGGUGGUUUGCCCUCUCUUGCCAUCCUAGCAGUGGCCUGCAGCAAUGUGGUGAUGUUUCUGCUGCCAUCUUGAUGUUGGAAAUUAUUCUCUGGGAUCAAAUAGCUGCCAAAUUAUAAAUAAAUCAGUCCCAACACCUAAGCAUGUUGGGUUACUUUGAGAACUGGUGUCGUGCAGCAGUGAUUGGAGAGUUCAAAGUCUCAUCUGUAGCUAUUUGGUGUUAAUUUUUCCUCCAACCCAUUCCAAGUGCGGGUAUGCGGAUUUAUCUGUCACAAGUGCAUUGAAACCUAUCGUGAGAUGUGUUUUGUGUUAACAAUCAACUCACCUAUGGAUGUGGCCUCCAGCCCCAGGAUUGGUAGCCCUAAGAGGUCUGGAAUUUGCCACUCAUCUGUUGUACUCACAUAGACCUCCAACCCUGGUUCUCACUGACCUGGGGGAGGUCACUAGCUUCAUUCCCUCUGCCCGCAUGGAUUUCCGACCUGGGAUUUGCCAGCCUGGGGUUUACUGUUGUCCAUUCUCUGCUGCCACUGACCUCUGAUUGUUUCCCUUCAGUGUGGUUCGCUCAGAUUCUGACCUGUGACUACAUUUACUGUCCUGACCUAAACAAACCCCCAACUCCCCUGCACUGUUCCCAGAACCGAAUAAAACACAAGUAAUUCUGAGCCACAACCUUGACAGACAUCUUAACUGGAAGAGCAGUCAAUCCCACUCUACCUUUGGCCAAACUAAGGUAAUGGUUGGUCUUGACUAUUGGGGAAGUAUCACUUGUACUCGGGGAAAGUUCUCUGAACCAGAGAGGUUUGCAGCAGCUGAGGCAAAAAAGGCCUGAAUUGGUUUGAGAAGCAGCUAGAUAAAGUCACAGGAGGGUGAAAACAACAGAAGAUUGGGUGAAGAGGAGUGACAGAUUAU